GACGGGAGAUGGAUGCAGCUCGCGGAGGCGGCGGCGUCGUCGCCUCGGUCGGGAAGCUGCUCGGCGACGGCUUGGGACCCGAGGUCGUCGAGGACGACGACGAGGCUGUGGCCGCCUUGGACGAACUGGAGCCGUCGUCCGCAGACCCGAUUGCCAUCGAGCCGAGCUCGUUCUACUUGAGUGCGGGGUUCAACGGCGAUGAGGAACACCAGUGCGAUUUCGUGUGGCUGGCGCUGCGGGUCACAGGCGGUCUGGCCGCAGACUUGCUGGUGCCGCGUGCGGCGCGGCUGGCCGCCCCGCGCCUGUCGGCGCGCCCGACGAAGGAGAGUGCUGCGCCGCCGACACCUGGGGCGGCAGGGCCACGUGCAGCCGAGCGCACGGUCGUGGGCCACAGCGCCCCCCUCGAUUGGCUGCUCGGCGAGUGUGCCCUGUCCGUGCGGGCUGCAGGCCUCCCGCUCAACCUGGGGCCCGCGCGGGACGAGAUGCGGGCCGGGAUCGCUGCGGCGCGGGGCCGGUUCGCUGCGGCAGCGCCUGGGGCCGCUGCGGCUGGCGCACCUCCAGGCAGUGCAGAGGGCGCGCCGAGCGAGGGCAAGCCGAAGAAGCGUGGCCUCGCCGAGGUGCUCGCGGAGCGGAUGGCGAAGGUCGCCAAGGCCCCCAGCGCCGAGGCGGCGCGCGGCUCAGACGACCCAGCUGCUGCGGCUGUGACCAGCGAGGGAGCUGCGGGCGAAGGCGUGAAGGAGCUGGAGACGGCGCCCAUUGCGGUGCUCAGGAGCUCGGCCGCGCAGGCUGCUGGCAGCUCGGGCGCUUGCGCCGCCUCGGACCCCCUCGGCGCAGCCGACGGGGCCGCGGCCACGGGGGGACUUGCGACCGAGCGGGCUCAUUGCAGGAAGAUGGCGCAGGACCAGCCAGGCAGGUUGUCAGAGCUCACGCUGAUGCAGAUGGCAGAGUUCCUUGGCGCCGUUGAGGGCGACGCGGCGGUGGACCCGGCGUCUGCGCUUGUGCUGAGGUGCAUGCUCACGAUCAAUUUGCCGCAGAACCCAGCGCAGCAGAUCGGGGUGGCUGCGCAUCGCGAGAUGCGGGCGCUGGCCGAGUCGAUCGGCUUUCUCCUCCAGGGCAGGAUUCUUCAGGCGCUGGACAUCCAGGCCCAGCGGCUGCAGGCGGCGCAGGUGGCAGUCGGCGAUGGGCACUGGGGCGCGGCGAAGUGGCUCGAGCUGAUCCCCGCCACUGACGAGCCCCGUGAGGAGGGGGGGGUGAUCCGCAGUAUCGAGCUCGGCGAAUUGAAGCUGGAGGAAGGCGAGAUGCCGCCUCGCCAGCGAGUAGUGCAGCUCGACAAUGCGGUAGAGAUGCUGCCCGCUGGAGGCUUGCAGGGGCCGCGGAACUUCAGGGCGGCGAGUGUUGUCUGCCCGGGAAAAGACGGCGAGACGUCGAAGGAGUGCAAGGCGCGGCUGCGGGACUUCAUGGCGGAGUCGCGCGGCCAGAGGGGCCGCUUCGCGUCUGGAGCGCCUCCCAGCGGGGGCCAGCAGCGGGAGCUGGCGAGCACCUCUCUCCCACGCGGCAUGUGGGGCCUCCCCGCCGCGGGCAGCGCCGCGCGUGGCGCCGGGGCGUGGCGCGACGAGGUUACGGUUCAGUUCGGCGCGACCAUCGCGAGCAUCGACGUGACAGUGGACCUCUUGCAGCUCGGCGAGCGCCACCCUGGCGGCCCGGGGACUUUCUCGAGAGAAUUUGCAGAGCGCGUGUCCACACUUUGCAGGCGCGUUCGCGACCUGUUGCCGUUGCCCCUGCCGCGUCUCUCGGCUGUCAGGCGCUGGUGCGCGACCAGAGAUGCUGGCCGCAGGUGCAGGGCCAGGCCUUUCGCUCGUCAGGUCGCUGACGAGGCCUGGUUGCUUCUCGCCGUCGCAGCGCUGAAUUACACGUACUGCGGUCGCUGCAGAAAGGGUUGGAGGCGUCGCCCGGUCUUGUCCUGGGCGCAGCAGCAGGCAUCGGGGUUCCUGGAGUCCCGCGUCGUCGACUUCGCGGGGGGCCCGUUCGAGCAGGUAAGCGCGCCCGCCGCCGACGCGGCCCUCGGCGAGGCGACCGUGGGCUACUCGGGCGAGGCCGUGGCCGCGGGUUUGCCCCGCGUGCUCGCGGACCUGGCGUCAGGCUCGCCACGGCCUGAGCAUGCCGCGGUGCCGGGCGCCCUGGGCAUCGCGGGGCGCGACGUCCCCGAGUGGCUGGCCUCGCCCGAGACGGCCCUUCUCCUCGAGGCCGACUGGCCCGACCCCUGGGGCGAGCCGCUCUUGAAUGGGCCCUUCGCGGUAGCAAAGGAGGGCGAGCCAGGGCCGGGCGGCGAGCGGGUCAUCGGGGUGAUCUUGAACGUGGUCCUUGGCAACGCCCUGCUCGAGCCGCCUGUCGGUGAGACUUCUCUCCUCGCGGCGUCCACAAGCUGGGCGCCCCUGCGCGCCCCCGAGGGCGAGUGGCUGCUGUGGGCGGGCCACGACGGGAAGGGUGCCUUCUUCGUCUGGAGGGCCCCAAAGGCUUGGCGCCCCUACAUGGCGGUCGGCAGGUCGCUUGCCAGCGCGCUCUUCGGACGCCCCGAGCGGCAGGUGUACGUCGCGCCGGAGGUGCAGGCGCGACAGCUCGGGGGCACCGAGGCGGACUGUCAGCAGUGCGUUUGCGAGAGCUACAUGUGCGCAGGUGCGGCCUGCUCGGCGGAGAAGGAUCGCCUGCGGGAGACGCGGGUUGAGCGCAUGGGGGCUGGCGUGGAUGGCGUCAGCGGUCGGCUGGCAGCGCCGGGCCCCGAGGUGUUGAGUGCCGCUGCCCUUGGCCUCGCGACGUGGUCGCAGGAGCGGGUGCCCUGGCGCGUGUGCAUGGUGGGCCUCGGCAAGCUGGUGCGGGCCGUUGAUCACCUCGGCGUGGGCACUCGGCUGCUCAACGUGCCUGUAGACCGGCGGUGCCCUUGGACCGUGUCUAGCCCGAGGCUCCCGAAGGCAGUCGUUUUCAAGGUGCUUGCUGUCCUAGUCGCGGGGGAGCUCUUCGACGGCGUCGGCGGCCUCGCGGUGUCGCUCUCGAAGUUGCCCGUCAGGAUCGUCGCCUGUGUCACCGCCGAGACCGACGCGGAGGCCAGGCGCGUUGUCCAGCUGCGCUGGCCAGGCGCGAUCGGCGGGGGCGGCGUGGCGCGGGGGGGCGAGGGCCUGGUGCAGGACCUCUUUGACAAGUUCUCGGACACCGUGGGCGUGGGC